AUGAAAAGUAGAAACAAUAUUCAUCAUCAUAAAAAGAAAAACGAAGUUAAUAAUACACUGGAAGAAUAUAAGGACAUAAUACCAGAUAUUGAAAUUCAAAUUGAGAACUUAUUAAAAAAAUUUCAUAUUACAAAAUAUGAUUAUAAAAUUACUCAUUUUUUAAUUGACAUAAUACAAAAUGAAUCUCUUAAAAUAUUAAAAAAUGCUAAGCAUAUAAAGAAGAAUAUAUAUUAUAAUAAUUAUAAUGAUAAGGAUGAUAAUAUAAAUUAUUAUAAUAUUAAUGAUGAACAUAUAAAUAAUAAUGAAAAUAAUGAUAAUAUUUAUAAUGUGAAAGAAAAUGCGCAUAUAAACCAUGAUACAUUAUACGAAGAAAAAUAUAUACAAAAAGAGGAAGGAACAAUUAACCAUAUAAAUAAUAAUACAGAUAUGGAAAAUAUAAAUGAAAACAACUCACCGAAUAAAUGUAGUUCACACAUGUUAAAUGAUUUAUUGAACAAUUUUAAUGAAGAUAGUGCUAUAGAAAAAAACUCACACAUUGAUGUAGUUAAUAAUAUGGAGGACGAAAAGGUUAACAUAAAUGAUGCUGAAAAGAUUGAUAAUGAAAAGAUUAAUGAUGAAAAAAAUGAUGCUGAACAAAUUAAUGAUGAAAAAAAUGAUGAUGAAAAAAAUGAUGAUGAAAAAAAUGAUGAUGAAAAAAAUGAUGCUGAACAAAUUAAUGAUGAAAAAAAUGAUGAUGAAAAAAAUGAUGAUGAAAAAAAUGAUGAUGAAAAAAAUGAUGAUGAAAAAAUUAAUGAUGAAAAAAAUGAUGAUGAAAAAAAUGAUGAUGAAAAAAAUGAUGAUGAAAAAAAUGAUGAUGAAAAAAUUGAUGCUGAACAAAUUAAUGAUGAACAAAUUAAUGCUGAACAAAUUAACGAUGAACAAAUUAAUGAUGAACAAAUUAACGAUGAAAAAAUUAACGAUGAACAAAUUAACGAUGAAAAAAUUAACGAUGAACAAAUUAAUGAUGAAAAAAUUAACGAUGAACAAAUUAAUGAUGAAAAAAUUAACGAUGAACAAAUUAAUGAUGAAAAAAUUAACGAUGAACAAAUUAAUGAUGAAAAAAUUAACGAUGAACAAAUUAAUGAUGAACAAAUUAAUGAUGAACAAAUUAAUGAUGAUAAUAUUUCAAAUAAACCGGAAUUAUCAUUAUCGGAUAUUUUUAAUACUAUCGAAUGCACAAGUAAUAAUAUCCAAGAGCAAGAAAAUAAAGACGAAUUAAUUAAUAAGGAUAUACCAUCCAAUAAUAAAACUGAUAAUAAAGAAAAUAAUCAUAUUCCUAAAAAUAAUCCUCUAAACUGUAAUGACAAUAAUCAAAAAAAUUUACAAAAUAUUGGUAAUAAUAAAAAUAAAAUACGUGAUGAAGUAUUAAUAAUUGAUGAAGAAAGUGUAAAUCUAGCCAUUAAAGAAUAUGUCCUCAAAACAAUAUAUAGAAAGAAAAAUGUAGAUUUCUUAUAUGAAAAAUUGGAAUUUCAACAAAAGGACAACCUUAUGGUUAAUAGAAAUAUAAAAUAUCCAUCCGGUCUUCCUCCAUAUUUACCAGAUGAUUGUUCUGUUAAUACCAUAUUACCAUCAUGGGAUAUAAAAUAUAACUUCAAUUCUUCAAAAAGAAAGAUUAAAAAAUAA